AUGCCCGAAGAUAAGGAUUGUCUUUUGCAGGGCCCUGCUUCGUUGCAAAAUGCGAUAUCCCUACCAUCAGUUUUGCAGGCAGGCUUGUGCUUGUUUGUGACCACUACAACAGGGCACAAGUAUGAAGGAGUGAGAUUUGAAAAGGGAAACUGCGGAGUCAGCAUAAUGAGAAGCGGCGAGGCAAUGGAACAAGGUUUACAAGACUGCUGUAGAUCAAUCCGCAUAGGAAAAAUCCUGAUACAGAGCAACGAGGAGACUCAAAGAGCGAAAGCGUACUAUGCUAAGUUUCCACCAGACAUUUACAGGAGAAAAGUUCUUCUUAUGUACCCAAUACUAAGUACUGGUAAUACUGUCAUUGAGGCUGUCAAAGUUCUUGUAGAACAUGGCGUACAACCAAGUAUCAUUAUCCUGCUAAGCCUAUUCUCCACACCGCACGUAAGUUGAAGCCUUUGCCCUCUCUCAAAAGGUGCCAAAUCGAUCAUCCAGGAAUUCCCAGAGAUCACCAUUUUAACUACAGAAGUUCAUCCUGUUGCACCAACACACUUUGGACAGAAGUAUUUUGGAACAGACUGACACACUUGGAACAAACGGAUAUGACUGUAUGAGGUUUUUUUCUACAUUUUAUUAUUGUUGAGUUGGUUGAGGGCAUGUUUAAAAAUCUUUUUGGCCAAAGGGGGAAAUACUUGACUUAGAUUAGAUCUGGUCAGUUACUGCCUGAACACCGAAUCGGGUACAGUAACAAAGCAGUCUGUCGUUACAAAGUCAAGCAUCUCAAUGUUGGGUUGUUAC